AAUUGAUUUGUAAUUCAGAAAUUAUAGUUUGCAGAGAAUUUGCGGUAAUUAAGGUGGUUGCAUAAUUUAGGGUGUGGGAUGUAUCAUCGAUUUUGAGUAAACUAUUACGUCCGCCUGGUUUCUGUUUGUACCUUGUGGAUAAAAUCUAAUCUAAUCUGCUUGUCUUAAAAUUUUCCAGACAUGUGUUUGUUUUUCAGUGAACAAAAAGUAAGUAUAUUGAGAGAGAAGUAUUUGGUGCGCAAUAAUCAUCUCAUUAGAUAUGAUAAUGUCAGUUCACAGCUCUAUCCAUAUUGCAAGAUGUCCUCUUCCCUCCCUUGAAACCAAAAUCAGCAGCAUAUCAGCGGCUCACCGCCCACGUCGUAGAGAGAGAAGACCUCCUGAUGACCUUAAGCAAAGCGCUACUGGGUUCGGGGCCAAGAGACCCGAGCAGCUAUGGCGUUGCGUGGAGGGCUGCGGUGCUUGCUGCAAGUUGGACAAGGGUCCUUCCUUCGCCACUCCUGAAGAAAUUUUUACCGACCCUUGUGACAUUGAGCUUUAUAGAAGCUUAGUAGGCCCAGAUGGAUGGUGCGUACACUACGAUAAAAGCACUCGCAAGUGUUCAAUUUACUCUGAGCGGCCCUAUUUCUGUCGAGUGGAGGCACCUGUAUUUCUUAAACUUUAUGGCAUUCCCCAGAAGAAAUUUAACAAGGAGGCUUGCAGUUCUUGUAGGGACACUAUUAAGGCAAUCUACGGCCCUAACUCCAUGGAGUUGGACAAUUUCAAUCGUUCCGUCACUGACUCCACUUAAAAAGUGUUCUAAGGUAAUUCACCAAAUUCUUUUACUUGUGCUCUAGUUGAUCCCAAAGAUAAGGAAAUACUAUAACCAGAUUGCAUGGGUGGUUAUCUACGUACCAUUGAUGUAAUUGCUCCGGCCAUUUCAUGUUUGCUUGAGAGUCCUUCCCGGAGCUAACUUUUCAGCCACAUUUGCAAUGGUGUCUAUUCCUGUAAGCUCUCACAAGGACAAGAUUACUAACUUUGCUCUUUUGAAGACGAAGACCUUCCCUACUAUUUCUUUGAAGUUCUCCUCUCCUUUCAUCUAUGUAAGGUUGAUACUUUCUAUUUGUAUACAGACACUGAAAUUUGGCUUUAUAAUUUCUAGAAUGCAGGUUUCUUGUAAAUUAGUUACCUUCUCCUUUUCCUUUUUUCAUAGUGACUGAUGAUUAGCAUUAACAGAGAAAUAAAUUAUUUUGAUGGAUUUAGACGUGAUGACAAA